AUGAUAUGGGGUAGCAAGUUAUCAAUCAAGAGGGUGCUGCUAAACAUCGAUAACGAAGCCCUGUUUGCAAUCCUGAACAGACAAACAUCUAAAUCUAGACGUGCCAUGGGGCUACUGGAGUUCACUGUUUCAUACAUAGCUCAUUUGUCAAUACGAGGUCUAACUUACUCUACAGCAAGGUCGUACUUAUCUGCGAUCUCGUACCUAUGUAAGUUAGAAGGGCAAGUGGAUUACACAUCAGACUACCUAUCACCAAAGAAAUCUUGCAGAAAGUUACUCGCGUGUUGCCGAGUGUUUGUGCUGAUACAAUGCAUUUGGGUUAUAGGCUCCUCCAUAGUCAAAAGAGUCACUGCAGCAGUCAUAAGACCUGGUGGCCCUAAUUUGGGAUUGUCAAGAAUAGGGUACACAUUGUGGUGGCAGGGAUACAGUGGGAGGAGUUUGCUGCAGGCCAGAAACAAAAUAGGGUUGUUGAAACAUAUCGGCCCCCAGCCGACUGUCAUUGUAUUACAUUGUGGUGGGAAUGACAUAGGCAAAGCAGCUAUACGAAAACUAAGAUUGGCUAUGUUAAAUAAUCUCGUCACAAAUAUUACCUAGAUUAGAAUGGCGAUAUUCGGGCAACAACGCUGCUAUGAAUCAAGCCAGGAAAAUGUUGAACUCCCUUGCCGGAUGUCUAGUCAUUAAGAAUGAGGGGUCGAUUGUCUGUCAUAGAGAUAUAGAGAACAAUCCGACUGCAUUCCUUGACUCUGAUGGAGUAUAUUUCUGAACACUUUGCAGG